GCAUGGUUGGUGGGCCAACAGUAAACAGGAAGUAUCUUGUAAAGUUGGUGGUCAUUUCUGUGAGUGGAAGUGAACUAGGACAAUGGUUAUGGAACUUAUGGCAGUCACAGUGUUAAUUUUACUGCAAUCUGUUUGGAGCGUUUGAGACGUUCUACCCUCUGGGGGACCCUGGAGGACGGACUAGAGCUAUCGUUGGUUGGGAAUAUAGAUGAGCGGCCUUACAGCAAAUGGUACUAAACCAGAAUUUUCAGUGCCGGAAAAGAUCAAGCUCAUCUUGUGGAAAUUAGUGGUUCUACAUGUAUGUAUAUUCUCAGGUGGACAUAGAGUUGGACUUCUAGAACUUCACAUAUGGAUUGGAAUAUUGUGAUCCUCAACCUCAGUUGAUUGAUACCUCUGUAACCAUCGGUUGAACUCCACCACCCCGACCAGUGUCCACAAUAUCAUGGAAACAUGCACCCCCGACGUCAGGCACAACGCGUACUUCACUAAGAGCAACCCCGGCGUACAGCACUACAAGUCGGCCUCGGAUGGGGACUCGCCCGACGCCUCCAUGCCCAUGGGCAACCUGGCCAGCCCGCUCGUUGACAGUGGCUACCGGGAGGGCAGCGUAACUUACAACCACGAGGAGUCAACCAAUAGCUACGGCUCGCUGACUGGCGAGGGUCCGGUAGGCACGGGGCCCCCGACAAUCACUCCAGUGAGCGGCCAACUUGAAAAGUUCAAGCAGCAUCGUAUGAUACGCCCUGUACCCCUGAAAGCAGCUUCCCCCUCGCGCUCCCUGGACUCCCCUUGCAGUACCUCAUCAAGGCACAGCCUCCCAAGCUCGCCGGCAAGCAUGCCUGACCAGACCAGUGACAAACCCCAACAACAGCAGCUGCAGCAGAAUCAGCAGCAGCAGCGACAGCGGCAUCAACCCCCAGACGUUGUAUUGACCAACCAGCAGAAGCACGGCUUUGCUGGCAACCACUUUGGUGGGUUGCCAACGAAAUGUCUGUCUCUGCAGGACAUCACACCGAAGCAGCGGAACUACCACGACAACGGGCCACGUGGUCCUUCCUACGGUGACUCAAAGGCAUGGGGGAAACAACCAACCCAGCCCAGGCGGAUCCAACCCGCACAUUCUCUCAACUACCUCAACCGCACCGUCCAGAAUCUCCAAAACCACAAGCUGCUGCCAGACUACAAGCGCAGGAACAUCAGCCAGUCCAGCAGCCAGGUGGACAACCGUCGGAAUGGCAACAACAACGGCAGCAGAAGCAACCCCAAGAAGCCCGUUCGCAUCACCCACAGCAACCCCUCUUACGGCCACGUCAUGGAUUACAACAGCAACCGGCUGGACGGGAAGUCCUCCGCAUCAUCAUCCUCUCAGGUGUCCUCCGUCCAGGAGGAGACGGAGAUGGACGAGAUUGCCGCCCUCAGACAGAAAGUGCUCGAGAAAGAAGCACAGCUGACCACGCUGCGGGACACCAUGGACAAUAACGAGGCGGCCAUAUUGAAGGUGCACGAGGACAAGCAUCGGGAAUGGAACGAGGAGACGUCAUGGCUGAGGAAGGAACUCCAGGAACAAGAAGAUACCUCACGGAAGAUACGGCACUCACUACAAGCACAGAUUUACAAACUUGAACAGGAGAAGAAAACUUUGCGGGAGAAAAUUGACGUCUCCCAUCAUCCACCCAGCAAGGAGGUGGAAGACCUGAAAUGGCAGCUCAGGAAUCUCAAGGAGCAGUUGAGCAUCAAGACCCAGGAAAUUGCCAACUUGAGAAAUAAACUCACUUAUCAGGAGCAACGCCUGAGCCAGCGGGCCAAGACAGUAGCUUCCCAGGAGGCUGAGCUGGAGAGACUCAGGCAAGAGAUGCAGAGGACUGGGGAGGCGACCCCAGAAGCCCACAGGAGGCUCCUGCAGGAGAAGGAGGCUGAGCUGAGCGAGACCCGGAUUGAAACAAACCACCUGCGGGAACUCAAGGAGAACCUGGCCCAAGAAGUCAAGGUUCAAGAAGAGGAGUUGACCUUACUGAGGACAAAGAUUGGCACCAAGGAUCAGGAACUGAGCCAGGAGCGAUGUGAGGUCGCAUACCUGAGGGAGGUCCAGGAGAAACUCAACCAGCAGCUCCAGAAAAAGGCAAAAUCAGGAGGCUUGUUGUCCGGAAAGGGCAACCAGUCAAGUAAUGUGAACAACCUGAAGGAAAGGCUCGCGCAGCGGGAGAAGGAAGUCACUCAGCUGAAGGAGCAGCUUAGAAGGGUGCAAGAGGAUAAGGACCAGGAGCUUGGUAAGCUGCGGCAAAACAUGAAGGAGAGGAAUGGCGACAUUGAGAAACUGCAGAAAAAGCUGAGCGAAGCGGAAAAGGACCGUAGCAUGCUCAGGAACAAGCUUGCCAAUGGGAAAGGUGCCGGCGGUACCAAGAUGACACCCUUGCAGCGGCAGCUGGAAAGUGACUUCAUGGAUAUGCAGGUCAAGCUGACGACCCGGGAGCGGGAAGCGUUCCAGUUGAAACGGGAACUGGCGCUGCUCCAAGAAAAGAACGUGAGUGACAUCAGCAGCCUGAAGUCCCAACUAGAGGAGCAUGAGCAAGAGCAGCAGGCUGUCCAGGACAGGAUGCUCCAGCGGGAAACAGAAAUAGGAUUCCUGAUGGACAAAAUGAAAUCUCAGGAGAAUAAAAUUGCCAUGCUGAAAGAGGAGCUGGAAAAGCCAGAGCCUCCCAAAAAAGCCAGGGACUCCCAAGACCACCAGCAGAGGGUUGAAGAGUUGGAGAGAGAGGUGGUUGCUCUGAGGAAUGAACGCACAGAGUUGCACACUCAGGUAGUAGAUCUCGGAGAGGAAAGUGCAAUGUACAAAGAGAAACUGGACAAGAUCAGCAAGGGGGUCCGUACCCUGAGCACUAGCCAGUCCAACCUGGUCAACCUGGCCAAGGGCAUGUCCCAGGGGGUCGCCAAUCCGGGACCCCCGAGGGUCGACGAAGAGGAGAACCUCCGGCAGGAGAUCCGCUCCCUGAGAGAGAAACUGGCCGAGUCCAGGAAGCGGCUUCAGGGCCAGGAGGGGGCUAUGAGUCGGGAGCGACGGGUCUGGCAAGAGGAGAAGGAGAAGGUGAUCAAGUACCAGAAGCAGCUGCAGUUGAACUAUGUGCAGAUGUGUCGCAGGAAUCGCAGCCUGGAGAGUGACCUGCAGCAGCUCACUGUGGAGCUGGAGCACAAGGAAAUCAGUCACUGCUGAGGUAGCUUAACAGUAAAUAAAGUUAUGGGCUCCCUGCGAUAACAAGAGAGAGUACUUUUUUACCACUAUGGAGAGCCGCGUGGACAGAACACACCACGCGGACGUACUGCUAAGUACACCCGACUUGGUUUAUUCUGAAUGUGCACAAAGCGAUAACGUUUUCACGUGAGCAUCAGGCGUUGUCAGCAAUUCGUGCGAAUGUCUCUCCUAGUGGUCUCCCCCAACUCUCUCCCUUUUUGACCGUUGAGGGGGGUACUUGUGCGCUGAGCCCACUACUACUGUUUGUUGGUUGCUAUUUGUAAGUAGAUAUGUGUGACCUGUUUCAUGAACAUGUUUUUGGGAAGUAGAGACAAACUCUUACUGACCCAAAAUAGGAUUAUUUCUUUAUUUCUUAGCCAUUAUUUCUUUGCACAGGGCAUGAUACGUAAAAGUGGGUCCUACCGUAUUUUACAGCAUUUCAGUGGAUUUUGUGUUCAGGAAGUUUGAAAAAAAUCCCUUUCAAAUGAUUAAUGUUUCAGGGAAAAAGAUGAUUCAAACAUAUGAGAUACAAACAGUUUGGGAAGAGACUUUCUAAAAGAUUGACUUGAGCUUGAAUAAUCCAAAAACUUUUUCUGAAAUUCUUUUGCGUAUUCAGAAAACAAGUUUUGUCGGAAGAAUAUUUGUGAAGCAACGAAAGAAAAUUAAUGAUACCUUCGUUUGAAAUAUUCCAUAAGUCAUUAUUGAUGGUUUAUCGAAAUGUCUUUCCAUUUUAAUCAUUUGAAAUGAGAAUGUAGUUUAUCAAAAAAGGCAAAUGUACAAUUCAGGGGAGGAAAAAAGAAACGUUUUUUUUAACAUUUGAAAAACAACCGAAGAUGACUUUUGUCUUUUAUACAGGUAAACACAACAUUGAAAUGACCUAUUAAAAUAUGACAUGCAGGGUGCCCUGCUCUGUGUCCUGCGUGUAU